AUGAGCUACCUACAACCCUACCCAACGAAUCCCGCUAACUCGCAGGUUUUCUUUGACGUUGUCGAGUAUACUGGAACAAGCUUCCUCGAUACAACCAGUCGCUCCCCUAUUGGCCGCAUCGAGUUUGAGCUCUUCGACGACACGGUGCCCGUCACAGCGCGUAACUUCAGGGAGCUGUGCCGCGGCGCCCCUGGAAAGGCCCCUGGGGGUAAACCACUCUCCUACAAAGGCUGUGUAUUCCAUCGCAUCAUCCCGAACUUCAUGAUACAAGGGGGAGACAUCACGAACGGAAACGGCACCGGCGGCUGUUCCAUUUACGGGACACGCUUCAGGGAUGAGUCUUUCCAAGGAAAGGCUGGACGACACAAAGGCCCCGGUAUCCUUUCUAUGGCCAAUGCAGGUCGAAACACCAACGGUUCUCAGUUCUUCAUCUGCACCACGCCGUGCAUGUGGCUUGACAGCAAGCACGUCGUCUUUGGCCAGGUCACGAAAGGGUUUCAGUAUGUCAAGAUUUUGGAGUCGUAUGGUACUCCAAAUGGGAAACCAUCGAGGGUUGUCCUUGUAAACGAUUGCGGUGUCCUCAAAGAAAAUGAGUAG